UUCCUCUUAUUUUUUCUUACUUUUACUUAUCAGAUCAUGGAUUAUCAAAAGUUUAUUAGCGCAAAAAGUCAACAACGAAACCCUUCACCAAUUCGUGCCUUGGGAAAGUAUAUGUUUGAGGAAGGCAUGAUCUCUUUGGGUGCUGGUCAUCCGAAUCCUUCCACAUUUCCUUAUGCCGGCAUGGUCUUGAAGCUCAAGAAUGGUGAGGAAAUUGAAGUAGAUAGUGCGCUAUUUCAACGCUCCUUAUCCUAUGAUCUUACUUCCGGUUUACCCCAGUUGAACUCGUGGCUGCGUCAACUUCAAACGUUGGAACAUAAUCCGCCGGUGGAUUUUACCUUGUCGAUUGGAUCGGGGUCCCAGGAUAUUUUGUCCAAGGCUUUGGAAAUGUUCAUUGAACCUGGAGCGGCUUUAUUGGUGGAGGAUCCGACCUAUGCGGGCAUUCUCAAUUUCCUCAAGUCACAGCCUUGUGAUCUGGUCGGUAUCGCCACCGAUGCCCACGGUUUGAUCCCCGAAGCUCUGGAAAAAAUAUUGAAGAAUUGGCCCGAGAGCAACCCGACUGGAAAAAAGGAUCAGCCUCGUCCGCAAGUGUUGUAUACCAUCCCCUGUGGCGGAAAUCCGACGGGAGCAAGUGCAACUUUUGAAAGAAAACAAAAGAUCUACGAGAUUUGCCGUACCUAUGAUAUCUUGAUCGUUGAAGAUGAUCCUUAUUAUUACCUGCAAUUUGCCUCUCCUCGUAUCGCCUCGUAUUUAUCUAUCGAUGUGGAUGGCCGUGUGCUCCGAUUCGACAGCAUGAGUAAGAUCCUGUCUUCAGGCGUUCGCUUGGGUUGGGUGACUGGACCCGCCGCUUUGGUUGAACGAAUUGAUUUGCAUACCAUGUCGACCAAUUUACAGCCGGCUGGUGUAUCGCAAGUGAUGGCUUACGAGUUGCUGAACAAGUGGGGUCAUGAAGGCUUCUUUGAACAUAUCCGCCAGGUUUCCAACUUUUACCGUGAGAAACUCGAAGAGUUUAGAAAGUACCUUGACAAGCGCAUGACUGGUUACGCAGAGUGGUCGAUUCCCGAAUGCGGCAUGUUUGUGUGGUUAAAGUUAUUGGGAGGUGUGACAGAUUCUUUUGAAUUAAUCAUGAACCAAGCGCUCAAAAAGAAAGUGAUCGCUGUCCCUGGCAUGGUCUUCCUGCCAGCCGGUGAAAAGACACCUUAUAUCCGUCUCUCCUUCAGCAAUGUCAGUCCUGAGAACAUGAAUGAAGCGUUACGUCGUUUAGCCGAAGUGGUGCAAGAGGAAGCGGAUAGAAACGGUGUUGCCAUCCAGUCAUAGACAGUUUAUUCAGUUCAACUAUAUUUAUUACUAUUACUUUUUUUCACACUUCAUAAUGCUAACAAAUCCCAAUAGCAAAAUCCAAAUAAACUUCAUGAUCCUGUUCGAUUUUAUAGGAGCAAAAG